CUCGUAUUGUACGUCCAGCCGCCCAGUCACUCGUUCGUGCUAUAAUCGCUCUCUCCGUCUACCCUUUACCUGCUCUGUCGCGCUGAGUUUUCCCAGCCAAGUUGCGCAGCGACGCGCCAAGGUGACGGUUCACGAUUGAGUGCUGCUCAAUCGACUCUUCGUCACCAGCCACAGCUAAACCGGUUCCGCUCCGACCACCCCACAGAACGCGAACGCCAUGGCCGAGGGCUCCAUCAAGUCGCGCAUCGCAGCACUGAACCUUGAAGAGGUCCAUACACCUGUUCCUGGCGCGAAGCCGUCCUAUAUCUUCGAUGCAACCACCACCAAGAAGAAGCCGCCUCCUCCUCCCCCGCCCAGCGCGCGGCCACCAGCCUACUCGCGCCAGACGGCCAACAACCCGCCAGUCCUCAGCAAUGCGCCCACGUCUGCGCGACAACUUGGCAACCAGCCUGCAGUAGUAAACGAGACCGUAAGCCCAAAGAUCUCGCCUGCACUGCCUCCCCGGUUGCCCCCGCGCAAUGGCAGUACGCCUCGACAGACGCCAACACUACCUCCUCGCAAGUCCUCCGAGUCGAGCGUACGGAGGCGCGAGUCUUCCGAGUCUAUUUCCACAAUCGCUUCCAGUAUUUCGACCUUGUCAUUGGGCUCUGUGAAGACAUAUGGCGCCGCACACAGUAAUGGAAGCACUGGUACGCUGCACAAAGUCAGGGCUCCUGCAUUCGACCCAACGAAACUGCCCCCACUGCCACCAAAAAGGACUUCCGAAGACUCCAAGCAGAGCAACGCCACUCUGAAUGCGAUGAAAAGUAAACGUGAUUAUGUUCCUGCGCGAGCCCUCCCGCCGCAGGUCAAGACUCCAGACGUACCAGCCCGUCCGCCUUUGCCUGCCCGACAAUCAAUCCUUCGCGAACGAUCGCCUCAACCCGCUCCAGUCCUGCCACAGAGGCAGGCGUCCAACGAUGCGCCGCGAGUGAAUAGAGCAGUUGCGCCCCCACCACCACAACGUCCUCCCCAGCGAUCUGCAUUGGAAAUGGGUUUCAACAAUAAGGCGCCCUCUCCUCCUCCCGUACCCUCCUCCCGACCGUCGGCAGUCACAUCCAAGUCCACACCCUCACCAAAAGUACCCCCACCUAUCCCAUUGUCGUCUAGACCCAAUCUAGAGGCGAUCAUGGCCUCGAAGCCAAAGCCAGGUGCUGUUGGGGGCUGCCUGAAAUGUCGGGACUUCUCUGCUCCGGACAAUCAUGCUGCGCAGUUUCCACGCACUCAACUCCCUUCUUCUGAUGUUGGCUGGCUUGCUCAUCAACUCUGCUCCCAGUUUUCUUCGCCAACCGAUAAAGCACGUGUCAUUUUCACCUGGCUACACCAUAAUGUUGACUAUGAUGUCCACUCGUUCUUCAACGGUACUGUUUCCCCAACUACUCCAGAGAAGACUAUCGCCUCUGGCCUCGCAGUGUGUGAGGGCUAUGCUGGUCUAUUCGCUGCUUUAGCUCUAAAAGCAGGUCUCGAAGCCAUAGUCUGUUCUGGCGCCUGCAAGGGGUUCGGCUAUACACCACUAGAGCCUGGACAGGCCGUACCACCCUAUAAAUCCACGCAUGCUUGGAAUGCUGUGAAGAUCGACAACGGAGAAUGGAAACUUAUUGACCCAUGCUGGGGAGCUGGGCAUAUUGGGUGCCAAAUGCGUGGUGAAGGAUAUGUAAAGUCAUUCAAUGCGCGCCAGUUCACUAUGGAUAACGACGAAUUUGGUUUGCGGCACUUCCCUGGGGACGCUUCUCAACAAUUGCGCAGUGAUGGGCGCAUCAUCUCCUAUGAAGAAUUCAUGCGAGAUGAUCAGGGUGGCCGCGUACAGGUAUAUGGCGACGCUUUCAAGGAGCACGGCUUGGGCGAGCGAACAUUUGAGCCUUCGCAAGCACAGAUCAAAGCCAACGACCCCUAUGCAUCAGCAGUGGUUAGAUUUCAGUUCUCGACCGUCUGUCCCCACUGGGACAAUGCGCGCCAUGGCAAAGGCCCGCCCUAUAUCAUGCUCCUGAGUAUUGCGGGAAGAGAUGGCCGCAAACCAGAUUACAAGCCGUUCAAUACGGACGGGCAUACUUGGUGGGUCGACGUUCCUCGGGUCGAGCUCGGUGUACCAGGUCAAAAGAUUGCAGUCAAUGCGAUCACCGAAUUUAAUGGUCAUGACGCUCGGGGUAUGAGCAUUGAUACAUGGAACAAUAAGCAAGGGUACUCGUGCAAGUUUGGUGGUGUGGCCGCAUGGGAGCUUAUUUAGGGCUCAGGGACAUUCCCUGUCGGCUCACAUUGUUGAUGUCGAAAACAACGCGGACUCGAUAAGGAUCUGAAGACACGAGAGCGAUGAAAGAGGUGGGGAAAAGGCGUGUGGAUACCCUGGAUUUGAUUUGGACUUGGCGAAUGGUAUGAGCUU